UGUGUAUAUGUGUGUGUGCGUAGAUUGAGAAAGAGAAAAAGGGGCAAAGACCUUCAUCUUAUAAACACAAAAAAAUUCAGCAAUUAGGAAGGAAAUUGGUGAUCAAUCUUAUGCAUGAAGAUCAUCUCUUAACCAUCAAAGUUUGAUAAUCAUAAGGUGUGAAAGAAGAAGGAUCAAGCAAAAAGAGGUCACAAAGUUCAAACGAUCGAGCUGAUUUUAGGAAGCUAGCACCUCCUCUUGCAGAUUCUCAGAAAAGAAUAGACGCCAUCAGGCUCCUUCCAGAAGCAGAGAGAAGUUUCAACCCAUCUCCACCAACUCCAAGCCCUCUUUCAAGCGCAAACAUGUCUGAUUCCAGCAAAGUCCCAGUCUAUCUAGACCUUGACGAACUUGACAGCUAUCGAACUCCUUCCAUAGUCAAGAAGGAGGCUCCUACUGCUACUAGCUCCAAGCCACUCCCAGCUCCCAAGGCCAACCCAAGGACUCGUGCUUCCACGGCGAAAAAGAGGAAAGGCCUUGAAGUCAGCGCUCCAAGCUCAGAAGGGUUCUCCUAUGACGAACUCAGCUUCACCGAUUCCUUAGAGCCAAUGACAUCCUUCCUCAACAAGGGCCUCCAGCAUUUGCUCCACUUGUACAAUGAUGCAUGUGGUACUGUCGCAUUCCAUGAAGCCAGGAUCAAACAACUCGAAAGCACCGUUGCUGACCAAGGUGCCAUCGCUGAGGCGAAGAGCCGGCACUACGAGAGCUUGCUGAAGAAGGCCACCCAAGAAGCUGAGGUCAAACUUGCCACCGUUCAAAUGGAUCAUGAUCAAGCCAUGAUCAAUUUCCGGGAGGGAAUCAAGACUUCUGCUAUCGUCUCCCUGCUACAAGCACGCAUCAAGAUGGCCUACGAGGCCAAGGAGACGGGUCUUGUUUGUCCAUCUUGGCCAAUUGAAUCCUGGGUGGCCAAGUUGAAGGAACUCAGAGGCAAAGCUGUGCCACUUCCAUCUGAAGCCGGUGAGUCUUCCAAGUCAGCUGAGGUGGUGGACCAGGCUGGAGACAAGAAGGAUGCCGGAGCGGAUGCUGGUGAGGAUGCUGGACAGGAUGCUGGUGAGGAUGCUGGUGCUGAGAAGCCGGGGAAAGCAGGAGAGGAUGCCGCUGUGUGAGGGCAGCUGAGUGGGCGAUGAUGGAUAUUGAUGCCUAGGCCAGAGCCCACUUUUUUAGGUUUAAUGGUUGAUGUCUUGAACAAUUUACUUUUCUUGUCUGUUGAACAAUUUUAAUUUCCUGCACGUAGACAAUAUGAUGGCCAAAGGUGGAGGGAUCCUGAGUUUCAGGACGAAGCCCUUGGUCAUCAGUUAGUAUGGUUUAUUUUGAACAAUACAACAGUUGGAGGUGGAUGGGUCUCGGUUUGAGAUGAAGCCUUCAACUGUUGGGUAAAUAUGGUAAUGAACUACUAGUGCUCUUAGUGGAUGGGCCUCGCUAUCAGGUAAAACUAAGAGAACAUCUUUUGGUAUGUUAAUAAUAUAAUUUCUCUUUAGACUU